GAGAUAGAGAGCGUAAGAGAAAAAUUAUGACUAAACUCGGAAGUAAAUCAGAGAAAGAAAACAUCAUAUAAGUCCAUGGUUUCAUAUUUGUAACAAAUGAUAUUUUGUAUUCUAAUGACAGCAGAUUCAUAUUGUAAAGAAUAUUAAAAUGAUUAGGUUGUUCUCAUUAAAGCAGCAAAAGAAAGAAGAGGAGACAUCGGGAAAAUCGUCAGGUUCCAAGCCGAGAGGUUCGAGUGCUGCUCAGCUACGAAUUCAGAAAGAUAUUGCAGAUUUAAAUUUACCACAGACAUGUCAAAUUGAAUACCCAGACCCAGAUGAUCUUCUGGACUUCAAACUAACAAUUUCCCCGGAUGAAGGAUUUUAUCGAAAUGGUCGAUUUGUGUUUAUAUUUAAGGUUGGUCCAGGUUAUCCACAUGAUGCCCCAAAAGUGAAAUGUGAAACAAAAGUUUAUCAUCCAAAUAUUGACCUGGAGGGCAAUGUCUGUUUAAAUAUACUUAGGGAGGACUGGAAACCUGUAUUAACCAUCAGUUCAAUCAUAUAUGGCUUACAGUAUCUUCUAUUGGAACCGAAUCCUGAUGACCCAUUAAAUCGAGAAGCUGCUGAAGUUCUUCGGCAAAACCGGAAAAUGUUUGAACAGAACGUAAUAAAGUCAAUGCGUGGUGGUUACAUUGGAAACACAUACUUUGAACGAUGUUUAAGACUAUGAUACUGAAGCCAGCAGUGUGGCAUUUGUAUUAAGAAAUCAUUUAUUCCCUUGUUAUGUUGAUGUCAUAUUCUGUUGUUUCUCUCAACAACAAAUUACACGUGUCAUUCCCUAUUUAUAAGUUGAAGCUUCCCAAGAGUGUGUUUUAUUCAUAGAGUAAUAAAAGUAUUAGAGCGCUAGUUCCAAUCCAUUCGAUCCUCGAAAACUGAGGUGUUACUAUAAAUCACUUCAAAAUCUACCUAUCCAGAUGAGUGAUCAUAAAAGUCGAAUUGGAUAACUACAGCAUGCUUUCAAACGUCCAUUUUUUUAGAGUGCACCAAUAACGACGAGAUAUUGGUGCGAUAGUUGUUGCCUAUAUUUUCUGGUGGUUACCAGAUUUAUUUCUGCUAUUUUGCAAGCUGAUUUUUUUAUAUAUCUCUUUGUUGAAUUAAUUCCUGCUACUAUUGCGUUGUAAACCUAAAUGUUCAUGUGAGAACAUUUCUGUAUACUACAUACUUACUGCAUAUAUAUGCUUUCGAUAUUAUUUAAAUUAAAAAAAAUCAUACUAAACGAAUCAUAGGUAAUUUUUUUACUGUGCUUAAAAAAAUGUUUUUUUACUGAUGAUUUAAUAAAUAAAUGAUUGUACAGUAUACCUGUAAUACAUUAAACGAUAAUACCUUAAAGCAUAGGCAUGAUGACACUUGUGGUAGUGGUACUGUAUGUGAUUUUGAUGUAUCCAAUUUAGUCUGAUUUUAUCACUGAACAAAGUUGUGUAAACAUGUUUGAAUUUGCAUGAAUUCUAUUGGGAGAAAAAAAGUCGUACAAAACAUUGUUUUAGUAAUUGUCUCUAGCAGAAAGUGUGCCUGAAAUGAUUGCUCAAUGGAAAAUAUGCACAAAUGGGACAAAAAUGAACACAUGAGGGAGCUGUGUCAGGCAUCGUGAUGGUAGCUUGUUUACAAAUUAUAUAAUAUUAAAAAUAAUAUCUAAUGUAUCUACCAUUGUUAAUUAUAAUAUUUAAGAAUAUAGUGUUUGAAGUUUAAUACUAAUUCAGGGGUGAUGUAUAAUGGAUGGAAAGUAUCUGUAGAUAAUGGAUGUCAACCAGAUUGACCGUAGACCUACUAGUGCCACCCAAAUUGUCCGUGUCAUACAACUUGACCAUGUAUGUGGUCAUUUAAAUGACAUUGAUGGUUGCCAUCAUUUUCAUGAAAAUCUUUGUCAAAGUUGAUUGAUGAAUGUGAUAAGGAUGUCCAGUGUGAUUGUUGUGGUGAUGAACCAAUUUUCAACCCAAACCUUUUCUCCUUGUCAAUUUUCAUGAUGAAAUAAAACAAUACAUGUAACAAAAUUGA